AAUAAAAAGGAGUACAAGUAUAACUUCUUAAUCAUCUCCACAUAAACAAGAAUCAGCACUCUAAUUCCCGCGCCAACAGGAAACGCCAUUAACAAAAAUGAAGCCAAGUUUCGUGAAAAACAUCUUCCUUCGUCUUCUCAUCUUCUUCAUCUUCCUCUUCCUUUUACGCUUUGCUUACAUCAUCUCCUUCAAUCGCGAUUUCUGCAACCAUUCUUCUUCCUCAAAUUUCUGCUUCUUCUCCAAAACAUCAUCAUCAUCUCUUCAACGACAAUCUUCCCAAAUUACUUUUCUUCCCAAUUUUCGCGGUUCGACUGAAUACGAUUUUUACUCCAAAAUCUUCCAAGAUUUCAUCUUCCAUGGCUUUCUCUCUCCUAAUUCUUCCUCGUUUUCACUCUCUUCAUCCCACGUUAUCGCUCUGAAAGACCUUGGAAUUAAUCAAUCUUUUUCUCUCUCCUCUGGGAUAAUCUCGGCUUCUAAUUUACCCUUUUCCGAUCAAUUUUUCGAUUUUAUGUUUUUCCAUAAAUUCGACCUCCCUUCUUCGAUUCCGGUUCUGGGUUUUGUUGGGGAGAUUGGAAGAACGCUGAAACCAUCUGGGGUUCUUGUAAUUCACAUAGAAACCAAAGACUUUUACGCCUUUCGUUCGGUUCUCAAGCUUUUCGAUUUCUGCAAUUUUGUGGAGGCUCGUGAUAUACCUGGUCCUAGCCCUUCAAUUCCCUCGAUUCGUCAGAUUAUCUUGAAGAAAUCCAGAAAUUCAAUGAAUAAAAUUCACAGAGAAGAUAAUGAAUGCUCUGUUUCUGGGUAUAAAAUUCAAUUGAUCAAGAAUUUAGAACCUCUGAUUGAGAAAGAGCCAUUGAAACCAUGGAGUACACUGAAAAGGAACUUAAAGAAUGUAAAGUAUCUUUCUUCUAUGGUUGAUAUAAGCUUCAAGCCCCGAUACGCUUACAUCGAUGUCGGGGCUCGAAGCUAUGGGUCCAGCAUUGGUAGCUGGUUCAACGAAAGGUACCCAAAACAGAACAAAACAUUCGAGGUUUUCGCAAUUGAAGCCGAUAAAUCUUUCCACAGAGAAUUACAAGCAAAAAAAGGCGUUAAGCUUCUUCCUUAUGCAGCUUGGGUGAGAAAUGAGACACUGUUCUUUGAGAUAAACAGAGAACCCACAAAAACGAUUGAGGUGAACAAAAGAAACAGAGGAAACAGGGGAAUGGGAAGGAUUCAACCGGUGCAAUCAUCGAUAAAUUUCGAGGGAAACGUCGAUAAAAUACGGGGUUUCGAUUUUGCAGAGUGGUUGAAGGGUGAAUUUGAGGAGAGAGAUUUUGUGGUGGUAAAAAUGGAUGUUGAAGGAACAGAGUUUCAAUUGAUUCCAAGGUUGAUAGAAACAGGGGCAAUCUGUUUAAUUGAUGAGAUGUUUUUAGAAUGUCAUUAUAAUAGGUGGCAGAAAUGUUGUCCUGGGAUUAGAAGUCCUAAAUAUGAUAAGACUUAUGAUCAAUGUCUUAAUCUCUUGUCUUCUCUUAGAAAAAGAGGUCUUCUUGUUCAUCAAUGGUGGUAGUAUUGUUUUUAAUUGAGAUUUUUUAGGUCUUAGAUUAGGAAUUAUGAUGUCAUAUUGUUUUACAAAAGUUGUACAGAAUGAGAAUUUUAUUUGUCUUUUC